GCGACUGACGGGCUUUGAAGGGGGUGCGCGUGUGUGAGGUGGAAGGGAGGGGGUGCUGCACGUUCCCCUUCCCUCGCGCCAGCGGUAGCCGAAGGCCGAGCUGCCCGGAUUGGCCGGGGAGGGCCGCGAGCUCCGCCCGCUGUAGCCGUGCUUGCCUAGCUUGGAGAGAGAGAGAGAGAGAGAGGGAGGGGAAGAAGAGCGGGGCUGCGCUCCCUGCGCUGCCUAGUCUGGAGCGGGAGCCUGGCAGCGGCAGGAGCGGCGGCGGCGGCGGCUGCUGAGGAGCCGCCGGAGCCUGCUGGUCGGAGGACUCAGCCCCGUUGCCUUCCGCUCCGGGUGCGCGAGGAGGCGAGGAGAGGGGGCCCCGUCUCCACCGAUCCAUGACCAUGGGCGACAAGAAGAGCCCGACCAGACCCAAAAGGCAAGCUAAACCUGUAGCUGAUGAAGGUUUUUGGGAUUGUAGUGUCUGCACCUUUAGAAACAGUGCUGAAGCCUUCAAAUGCAGCAUAUGUGAUGUCAGGAAAGGCACCUCUACAAGGAAACCUAGGAUAAAUUCUCAGCUUGUAGCACAACAAGUUGCUCAGCAAUAUGCUACACCACCACCUCCUAAAAAGGAGAAGAAAGAAAAGGUGGAAAAGCAAGAAGAGAAAAAAACAGACAAAGAAAAAGAAGUUAGUCAAAGUGUUAUAAAGAAGAAUACCAACAAGAAGACUAAGCCAAAGUCAGAUAUUGUGAAAGAUGCUCCUAGUGAAGCAAACAGUAUACAAUCUGGAAAUACAACAAAGACCAGUGACUCAAAUCACACCUCAAGACCCAGACUGAAAAAUGUGGACAGAAGUACCGCUCAGCAGCUGGCAGUCACAGUAGGGAAUGUCACAGUAAUUAUCACAGACUUUAAAGAAAAGACUCGUUCUUCCUCCACAUCUUCAUCCACAGUGACCUCCAGUGCUGGAUCUGAACAGCAAAAUCAGAGUAGUUCGGGCUCCGAGAGCACAGACAAGGGUUCAUCCCGCUCUUCUACGCCAAAGGGCGACAUAUCGGCAGUCAACGAUGAAUCUUUCUAAGAAUUGCACAUGGAAUUGUGGGAAACUUAUGAAAUCAGGGUAUGAAAUUCAAAUAUUCCACCUGUCCACCAGGACAACCUGAGAAAGCUGCCAGUGCCACCUCCUCUUCCUUUUCUCCUUGUGCUUCAACAUGCUUUUUGGAUAUCCUUCCCUUAAUUGAUGACACCUGGACGCUUUGGUUUCACUGUGGGCAUCUGGCUACCAAGGAAUUUCGCACCCUGAGAAUUACUUUCUGAUGUUUAUGUAUUCCAUUGUUUUAUAUGAUUUUCCUAACAAUCAUUUAUAGUUGGAUGUGCUCCUGACUCUACUUUUUUAUAAAUCUGCUGUGCACAGUUUUUCCAUGAAUCUUACCACCAAUUUUAUUUUUGUUUUGGGUGAGGGAAUGUGAUGUAUGGGUAAGGGCGGGCUUAUAGGAGGCUUUUUAUUUAUUGUAUUCACAAACUUCAUUCUCUCUUGUUUGUUCAGCAUAUUUUUUGAGUUCAAAUCUCCCUCUUCCAGUUAUACUGUGUACUAUCAGUUUUGAUAUAAAUUAUAUAUAUAUAAAUAUAUAAAUAUAUAUAUAAAUAAAGUAUAUAUAGGGUUAUUUGAAACCAAUACAUGGAAACGCUGGUGCUUGAAACACUGUGAAGCUAAGCAAUUUAAGAUCUGGGACAGCGAGUGCCGUUUGGCAAGUGCUGAAACCCAACUGGAACCAGUCUUAGAUCAACAAAGUGUUCCCAGAGGUUCUAACAGAAACAGGACCUGGUUUUUCUCUUGUGCUUUGGCUGAAGAGUACUGGACAAAAAUAGAUAUCUAUUUUCUUAUUUUCUGUUCUUUUUGAAAUCUAAAAGGUGCUCCAAGUCAUUGCAUUUCCAGUUAAAGUAUCGGAAAACAAUAAAUUUCUAGCCCUUUCCUACCUGUGUACCAAUUUUAAAAACAAUGAACAACUCCAAUUUCAAAAUGCUUAGUAUUAAUGUCCCUGAUGACUGCACAUUAACACUGCCUAUUUUGAAUAACAAAUCUCAUUCUCUUAUUGUCCAGAUUUAUAUUGGUGAUGGGAAAAGAUUUUUGAAUAUCAGUGGGGAAAUGUCAGACAGCUUUUAUAAUAGAAGGCAGUCCAAGGCCUUAAUAAAUAAGUGCUCCCCUUAUAAUAACAUGAACCGAGAUCUAUUGUCACAUGAAUUGUUUUCAGUUCAAAUCUUCUAUAUGUGACUCUGCUUUAUUGUUAGUAAUUUAAUUCAUUUAAUUCCAUUUCCUUAGGAUUAUCAGUGCUUAGACAUGUCUCUCUACCAUAACUUGGUCUGAGAGCAAAAGUUGUAAAGACAUUUUUGUACUAAUAAGGGAGCAUCAGAAUGGCAAAUAACUUCAAUUUUUGUUUCGAAAACUAUUCUGAGAUUGUUUACUUACAGAUCCAAACUCUAUUGCAGUUUUAUCUAGCUGGUUUUUCUGCUUAAAACACUAGAAAGAAGAUGGAACACUUAAAAAAAAUCUUCAAACUCUUAUUGUGUGCUUUUUAGGUGACCCAGAGUGCUUUGCUAUACUUUCAGUAACCAUUUUUUAGUUUUGUCACAAUGAUUUCCAUGUAGGUUUUCUCAAGGGCCACUCAGCAGAACUUGGUGCUAGACAAUUACUGUACUCAUUUCUUGUUUGAAUAAUAUAAAUUAUUUCUGUUCUAGAGAGGCAUGAAAUGGUUAUGUUUUAUCAGUUUAAAGCCACAAACACAAACUUAUUUUAUAUCAGUCUGAAAAUUUUAACCUAUGCUUAACUGAAUAAAGUAAUUCUGCUCAAAGAGGUAGAGUAGCAGAGCAGUGCCUUUGCAGCUGCAUCUAUUUUGAUGAGUUUCUCAUUCAGUUGUUCUUAUAUCCUUUUUUUUUUGAAAACUUAUUUUUAAAGUAUUUAUUGAAAAAUAAAAAAGAACCAAAGGAAAAACAGAUGUUUCUUAAGCUCUGAUAAUACAAUAUUAUCGUAGUUUUUAAUAGUCCACAUCAAUCCACAUUUUAACAUUGGUAAACAUUCCUUUUACAAGUUUGACUAUUCCUUUAAAGGAUCUCAGGGAGGGUAAAUUGGUCAGCCAUAAUUUAUUUUUGGAGAAAAAAAAAUAAUUUUUAGAGAUGUUUUCAACUUAGUCCCAGAUAUGUGUGAUUUGCACAGAUUUUUUAAAAAAGAAACUUACAUCUAAAUUAAUUAGGCUUGUAUGCAUUUAGCUCCUUCCCAGCAAAGACCCAAUCUCUGAGCAUGUCUGCUGGAAGUUCACCAGUAUAUACAAAUGGUGUGCUUCCCUCUGUGGCUUGCUAGAAUACGGCCUUGGUUGAAGUCGGGGGAGAGCAGUGUGCGUGUUUAAGAAAACCAGUUACAGCAGAUACCACCCUCCAAUCAUUGCUGCUCCAUUCAUUUCCAAGGUGGCUUCUCAUAGGCUGUCAUUCCAGUGGGUAAGCAGCAGGGGUUAAUGGGUUCUUCCUUAUGAAACCUGUCCCUUAGGUUAGGGAAUAAAAGCUUUAACCAUAAUGAGCUGCUCAUUGGCUUACCAAUUCAGUGAAAUCCUCUUUGGGUUUUCUUUUUCCUUUUUUCCCCUAUGUGUGCCUCUGUGCUAUAUUAUCUUGUUAGAAUAAAGUAUGCAAAUCCAUCUUUGGCACAAGUGGAGUGAUUGAAACUGCAUUUGGCUGAAAUUGUCAGCUAAGCAUUCAAAUUUUCUUGGGCCACAUUUUUUACCAUUGUGUUGUAACCAAGAAAACACCUUUUUUUU